AUGUACACCACUGUCCCCGUCGUGGGUCCGUUUGAAGAACACGAUGUAUUUCCUCUGCAGUCUACCGUAACUCCCGACGAUCCAUCGUGGGUCCAUCUAGGAACCCCGCGUGCAAAGCCCAAGGCAACCGCGAAGACGAACAAGACAACGGUGACCGGAAUCGGGGCCGAGAUUGGUGAAACAACACCCACACAGCCGUCGACUAUGUCCUCGGGCUUGAUGCCGUUUGUUCUCCACCGCGUGCAGUUGUUCGAAGGGGGUGCUGUCUCUUCUGGCGAGGCUAUUGGACGGCCCAUAGGUCUUGACAAACUUGCACUCUACAACACUCCCAUCGAUCGGAGAAGCAGGCGAGUCCAGGGACAAUGUAAAAAUCACGCACGCGUCCCAAACCAGCUACCAAGUUCUCACCCCACGGCCUUCCAAUAG